AGCAAUUUUACUAAUUUACUGAUUUGCAAUGGAGGUCGACGAAGAUGAGUUCGAAGUGCCAUCGAGCAGCAGCAAGGGAGAAAAGAAGCGUUUUGAAGUUAAGAAGUGGAAUGCUGUAGCUUUAUGGGCAUGGGACAUCGUUGUGGACAAUUGCGCUAUUUGCCGCAAUCAUAUAAUGGACUUAUGCAUCGAAUGUCAAGCAAAUCAGGCAUCGGCCACCAGCGAGGAGUGCACCGUUGCCUGGGGCGUUUGCAAUCAUGCUUUUCAUUUCCAUUGCAUUUCUCGUUGGCUUAAGACUCGUCAGGUCUGCCCACUUGAUAAUCGCGAAUGGGACUUCCAGAAGUAUGGACACUAAGACUUGCAGCAACUGAAAUACAUUUACAAGUACAA